AUGCAGCCCACCACCAGUCCUCCGAUGCAGCCCACCAUCCAGCUCAACACCAGUCCUUCCAUCCCCACCAUCCAGCCCACGACCAGUCCUCCGAUGCAGCCCACCACCAGUCCUCCGAUGCAGCCCACCAUCCAGCUCAACACCAGUCCUUCCAUCCCCACCAUCCAGCCCACGACCAGUCCUCCGAUGCAGCCCACCACCAGUCCUCCGAUGCAGCCCACGACCAGUCCUCCGAUGCAGCCCACCACCAGUCCUCCGAUGCAGCCCACCACCAGUCCUCCGAUGCAGCCCACCAUCCAGCUCAACACCAGUCCUUCCAUCCCCACCAUCCAGCCCACGACCAGUCCUCCCAUGCAGCCCACCAUCCAGCUCAACACCAGUCCUCCCAUCCCCACCAUCCAGCCCACCACCAGUCCUCCCAUGCAGCCCACCAUCCAGCUCAACACCAGUCCUUCCAUCCAGCCCACAACCAGUUCCCCCAUCCAGCCCUACCAUCCAGCCCACCAACCACCUCAGCAGAAACAUGAAUGUAACCAUGGGAUCCUAGAAGGGGAUCCUUACUACCCAGUGAAGAGGGUGAUCCGCUGCAAAUUGCUGAAGGCCCAUGACGCGCCAAACCCCAUCAAUGAGAUCGCACCACACAGGAAGUUACAGGAUCCGCCAGUCAUCCAGCUGCUAAGCCCAGAUCCCAGUGUGCAGCACCCAGGGGAGCUGGAGAGAGCUGUGGUUCUGAGCUGA